CACACACGUAGCAGGUUGGUGAAACGUCAGAGUCAAUAAAGAAAAUUCAGUAGCAGUCUUACAUUUCUUUUUUUUCGGUUUCGUUUUUCCAUUUCUUUUUUUUGCAAGCCAUAACGAAACACAAAAUACAAUCACGCGGAUCAGACAGACGACGACAUCGAAAUCGGAACGUGGCUACAACAACCAGCCUGUAGUUCUCCACAAAUGACUUAUAACAUAUAAAUUGUAUAUCUCAAAUUGAGUAGCCUGACGCGAUGUUGCUCCUGUUGGCCACCGUGUGCCUGAUCUGCUGGUCCUCCAUUUUCUGGCUGCAAGCCCUCUACAUUAACCUUCUAGAGCGUCUCUUUGCUUGGAUUAACCAGGAGUUGAAGGACACACGGAAGCGAGAGAUGGGCCAAAGCGACCUGGAAUCCGAGAAAGCAUCGGAGCAGGGUGCCAUAGGUGAUGGUCCCAAAGAUCCGGCCAAGAGAUUAUCAUCGCCGCAUAUUAAGAGCAGGCUUGUGAGGCGAGUGGAGCAAAUGAGCAACAUGGUUAACCUGGGCAUGGAAUUGAUCCUUGAGGAUGAGGUAACACCACACUUUGUGGCCGCUCCAACACCACCCGGUCAGUGGAAUCUGCUCACAAGGAAUCUGGGGCAACGAGUGCGUGAUCUCCAUUGGCGCCUUUGGAUCGUCUGGCUCCUUGGCUGGCUCACUCGGUAUGUGUUGCUGUUGCCCCUCAGGACCCUGGCUGCCUGGGCAAGUCUCUUCCUUACCAGCAUUAUAGCUGCCAUAUUGGGCCAACUGCCUGAGAGUCACCUGAAGCAGCUGCUGGUGGAGCAAGUCCUGCGGCAAUGUUUCCGCAUCAUGGCCGGCUGUUUGCCCAUCAUUCGGAGAUAUCACAACACCGAGCAUAGACCCACCAUGGGCAUAUGUGUGUGCAAUCAUACAAGUCCCCUGGAUGUCCUGGUAUUAAUGUCGGAUGCUUACUACACAGUAACUGGUCAGAUCCAUGAUGGCAUCAUUGGGCUGUUCCAGCGGGCUCUCUCACGGGUUUCACCACAAAUGUGGUUCGAUCGGCGACUUUUGGGAGAUCGCGAGGCCUUGGGAUGUCUCUUACGCUUGCAUGGCGGUUCCGCAGAUCGUCCUCCGAUUCUGCUUUUCCCGGAAGGGACUUGCAUCAAUAACACGGCUGUGAUGCAGUUCAGGAAGGGUAGCUUUGCGGUGAGCGAUGUUGUCUAUCCUCUAGCCAUUAGCUAUGAUCGACGCUUCAGUGAGGCUUUCUGGAAUAGCAGCCGGCAUUCGAUGUUGCGUUACAUGUUCAUGUUGGUUAGCUCCUGGUGCAUUGCCUGUGAUGUUUGGUAUAUGGCUCCGGUUAGACGGCUCAGUGCCGAAACACCUGUGGAAUUCUCCAAUCGAGUGAAGGCUGCCAUUGCGGCUCAAGUGAAUAUCGAUAGUCUGCCCUGGGAUGGUAAUUUGAAACGUGCGACUCCGGUGAGGGAUUGGCAGGAGUGAGUGCCGCCAUUUACACAUCUAUUUAAUAUAUUCGUAUUUGCUGCAAAUUUGUUUUUCUUGAAGUUUAAUAACCUUGGCAUUGAUUUUAAAUAUAAAGUGUUGUUGUUUAAUUCCUUAAA